AUGUCAGUGUGGUUAAUAACGGCGGUUAUUGCGUUUCGUGAAACGUUCAUAAUGCAUUGGACAAAGUUAUUUCAUUUGAGGACUCAUGCAAAAAAUUCUUGCGGGGAAGAAGGGGAAAUGGUUGAAACUGCUUGCGGAGACACUAAUGAUCUGGUAGGUCAAGUAGGGAAACUUGAGCGUGUAAUAGGAAGAGACGAAGAGGUUAGGGAAGUGAUUAGCAUUUUAUCUGGAAAAACCAAGAAUAACCCUCUUCUGAUUGGAGAACCUGGUGUGGUUAAAUUGGAUGUUGUCAAAGGAUUAGCUCAGAUGAUUUUCAGAGGUGAUGUCCCGAUAAAUCUUCAUAAUGUACAAGUAAGAUGGCUGGAUAUUGUGUACACGAAGGACAAACUGAAAGGUGUGUUGAAAGAGGUGCGAGAGGCCCAAGGGAAAGUCAUAUUGUUCAUUGAUAACAUCCACCUUGCUCUUGGCGCUGAAGCUGAAUGGUCAAUGGAUGCAGCAGAUCUCCUUCAACAUAUGAUUGCCACGGGCCAGUUAUGGUGCAUUGGUGGCACGACUUUAGAGGGUUACAAGAAAUUAUGUCUUGAAAAAGAUGCUGCUGUUAACAAGUAUUUCCAUCAGGUGUUUGUUACUGAACUUAGCAUUCCGGACACCAUGAGUAUUCUCUUCAGGCUUAAAGAGAGAUAUGAUGGUGUUCGAAUUCUUGAUCGUGCUUUGGUUGUAGCCGUGCAACUUUCGAGCCGAUACAUAACUGCAGGAUGUCUGCCUAAUAAGGCAAUCAAUCUGGUUGAUGAAGCUUGUGUGAAUAUGAAAGCACAACUUGAUGAAAUACAUAAUCUCAAAAGAAAGUUAACUAAGUUAGAGAUUGAUUUUCAAUCUUUGAAAAAGGAGAACGACAAAGCAACCGUAGCUUGCCUUGUUGAGGUAAGGAAAAAGCUUGGUGAUUUGAAGGAUAAAGUUGUGUACAAGAAGAAGAAAGACACAAGAGACGAGAUCCGUAGGCUAGAAGCAGAAAGAAAUAAUUUAGCAAGGGCUAUUGAUUUGAAACUUGCAUUUAUAAAAGGCGAUGAAAACGUAACAACAGUAGGACCUUAUGAGAUUGCUGAGGUGGUCAGUCGAUGUACCGGCAUACCUGUGACCAAACUCCUCAGAACCAAUGAUGAUAAAGAGAGGGUGUGUGGGCUAGCGAACAGGCUGCAUCAAAGAGUGGUGGGACAAGACCAAGCCAUAAACGAUGUGGCUGAGGCAGUGCUCAGGUCUAGAGCUGGAUUUGGAAGGCUUGAGCAACCAAUUGCUUCAAUCCUUUUCCUAGGACCCGAUUGUGUUGCUAAAACCGAGCUUGCCAAGGCUCUUGCAGAAGAGUUGUUCUACGACCAAAAGUUUCUCAUUACGAUUUAUAUGUCUGGAUAUUCCGGAGAUGCAAUAGACCUGGCGGAAGUCAUUAAGCGAAAUGAUUAUGGUAUUGUGUUAUUUGAUGGAGUAGAGACAGCUCAUGAAGCUAUGUUCAAUACUCUGUUUCGAAUGUUGGAUGACAGAUGGUUGAGCGACCCCCCCGACACCGUGCUCAUUCUCAACUGCAACUUUGGAACCCAGUUUUCUGCUUCCAAGGUAGUAGUAACACACCACUUCAAAACAGAUCUGAUUGACAGACUCGAUGAGAUUGUGGUUUUUGAUGCCGAUCCAUGAGGCUGAUGAAAAUUGAUGCUUGGAUUGCAUUUUUUCUUUGCUUUGCUUCCAUCCACUCAAACCGGCUAAAUAAUACAAGUCUUUUAACCCCAUGGCUUGUGAUUUUAUUUGUGGCGUCGGAGACAUAAAUUUUUAUUAUUUAAAACCAUUUUCAUUAUUACUAAAACUUGGAUCGACCAUAAUACCCAUUCCUGCAAAAUCUCCUUCCACAAACAUGUAAAAACCGAAACGACUUGUUCGCCUUUCUCCAUGACCGGCGAUUUCAGCCAUCUAGUUUGCCAUUUUCAAACACAUGUAUGUUAGUGAGUC